AUGGUAUCUUCGUCAAGUACUGAUUUGAAAAAGGAUGGAUGUAAGUUUUGAGAAAAAAUAAACAAAUAAUGAAUUAAUUCAGAUGCAUUCUGGAAAGUUGACGUUUUUUGGAUCGAAGUGAUAUUCUUUAUUUUCUCAGUUUUUCUAUUUGCUGUUUGUAUGUAUGCUUGUCUUUUUGUUCGUUGGGUUUAUAAAAGAAGAUUGAAUCAAAAAAUAGAAGAUAUGAUAAAUAGAUAUUAUAAAGAUGAGGAAAAUCGAAAACAGGCACAAAUUGAUAUGAAAAAAGAUGAACUUGGUGGAGAUGAAAGAGGAAAUUGUAUUUGUCGAAAUAAUUUGCACAUUUGUCAAAUUCCUCGAGUUAUCACUGAUGUUCAAACAAUUGAAAAUGAGACAAAACAAAAAAGAGAAAUGAAAGAAAAAGAACCAGUUAAGGAACCAGUUAGAUUUGUAAGAAUCAAUGAACUUCCGGAAGAGCCUAUUAAGAAAAAAGAAAAAGAUGUUUCAAAGAAAAAUGUUUCAUUUCAAGAAAAAGUUAAAUCAUAUCAAAGUGAUCCAGAUCUCAUCAAAACAAUGCCAGGUUUGAAAAUAAAAAAAUAUUUUUUUUUAGAAGAUACAGUAACCCUGAUAAUUUUCAGUUCUUAUCCAACCAGUUCGGGAAGUUGGUUGCCAAACAAUUGAUGAUUCACUUUAUCCACCACCAGCUCCAAUUGUUGCACCAAUGUAUGCAAAUCCAACACCAAAACAAUCAGCAUCUCAACGAAAUAAUUCGAAUGAUUUGUUUGAAGAUUAUGGAAGUAUGAAUUAUUAUGAAAAUAAUGGAAAAGUUAAUGGAAUAAUGAAUGCAUCAAAAAUGAAUUCACCAUUACCAAUGAGAUCAAAAACAAAAAUAAAGAUGGAUGAUCCAAAAAACACCGGAACAACUUCAUCAAAUACUUCACAAACACCAACAACUCAAACAACUUCAAAUAUUUCAACAAAUGAUUCAAGCUCAACUACAAAACAACAAUCAACAACAAAUAUUUCAAAUGAAAAUGAAAAUUUGAAGAAAAAUAAAAGCAAUACAAAACCACCUGCAAAUGAAUCUGAAUCAAGCGAUUCCGAUAAUCAAAAACAAUCUGGAAAUGAUAAUAAAGAAGUCAAUUCAGGUUAGUGGAUUACUGUAGGAUUCAAUCUACAAGUCUAUUUUUCAGAUUAUCUUCCUUCUGCUGGCGAAAAGAACUCAACUGCUAUUAAAAAUCAAAACGAUAAAAAUAAAAAGGAAUCAGGUUUGUGGAUUACUGUAGAUAAAAAGAAUUUUCUUUCCGAAAAAUGCUAAAAGUUAUAAUUUCAGAAUACUUUCCUUCGGCUGCUGAAAAAACUCCGGAAAAUGCAAAAAACAACAGACCAGAAGAUACAGAUAGCCCAACUCGUCUUUUCCCAUAUUUCAAUAAGAAUAAUCCGAAGAAUACUCGAUCAAAAACUUCAACACCAACUGAUAGUAAAGCCACCGUUAAUUCCGAAUAUUUUUAA